AUGGUCGAUUUGGACGAGCUAGAUGCGCUGGCAGAGAAGCAGAAUUCAAGGGCUGGUGGCGAAAGUGGCAGCUCGGAUGCAGAGUCGGUUGAUGCGGACGAUGUUAUAGACGGGAAUAUUGGGUUGAUUAAAUUCUAUGCCAAGCGACAAGGGCGUCAACUGGACAGCCUUCUGUCACGCUACGAAUCGGCGCUCACAGAACCGUGUGAUAUCAUUGAUAUCAAAACAGGCAGUAUUGUGGUCGACAAGGGCCAUUUGCGUUCGUUACCUGAGCCAGCCAUGCUUGUUGAUGUGAACGAUCUCGAUAGCGACAACAACGAAGAUGAGGCCGGAUUCGUGGACGCUGCAGCGCCGUCUGCUCAGCGGACCGUCCCGUUGGUUAAUUUAUACGAAGAUAUUUGCCAGCACCCCAAUCCUGUACUAGAUAGAAUCGUAGCUCUUCUCAGCUAA